AUGAUUGGGCGAGAGAUUCGUGUUUUCGAGGCUUCGAGUAUGUCUCACAAGCAAAGUCGAGCUCCUGCUUCUGGUAAGUAUUCGGAGCUUAUGGCGAAGGAGGGACCGGAGGUGAUGAUCGGAGAUGGACCAGAAGGAGAUCGGAGUAAUCGGAUGGCAAAACAAGCAAGACGGAACAGAGCCUUGAGCAAAAGGAAACAGAGUGCUUGA